GUCGCAUGGGAUCUCCUCCGAUCAGCGCCAUCGCCCUCGCUCUCGCUCUCGCCGGCCGGUCCCGCGAUCGAUCUCAGCAGCAGCGGUAGCGCUUCUCCUAUGGUACGCGCGAUCGCCGCCAGGUACUGCUGUCACUGCUGGGUUCUGGGAGCUGCGCGGGAGGAAGUAGCUUAGGGUAUUUCCGAUUGCCAAGCUUCGGGUAGCAGCAGCGGCGGCGCGGCAGCGGCGAACAGAGGAGGGGGAUGGAUUCCGAUCAGGGAAAGAUUUUCGUUGGCGGCGUGUCUUGGGAGACCACAGACGAGAAGCUCAAGGAGUACUUCCAGAGCUAUGGCGAUGUGGUGGAGGCGAUGAUCAUGAAAGACAGGACGACUGGGCGUGGCCGCGGCUUUGGCUUCGUCGUGUUCGCGGAUCCCGACGUUGCUGACCGAGUUGUACAAGACAAGCACAGCAUCAAUGGGAAACUGGUGGAGGCCAAAAAAGCAGUGCCUAGGGACGAGCACCAAAAUGCCGUCAAGCCGGGUGGCCCGGGAGGAGCCACUUCGCCCGCUAGUAGCACGACUAGGACCAAGAAGAUUUUUGUAGGGGGGCUAGCACCGAACGUCUCAGAGGAGGAGUUCAAGCAGUACUUCGAGCAGUUUGGCAACAUCACCGAUAUCGUGGUCAUGUACGACCAUGCAACGCAAAGGCCCCGGGGCUUCGGCUUCAUCACCUUCGACUCCGAAGAGGCCGUGGACAGUGUCCUCCAGAAGACGUUCCACGAGCUCAAGGACAAGAUGGUGGAAGUGAAGCGAGCGGUCCCAAAGGAUGCCUCGGCCGCUGCUCGGAGCCCGACUGCUGGAUACGCCGGACCCCGAGGUCCCUUCGGCUACGGACAGGGAUUUGCGGCGCCUUACGCCUACGGACCAGCAAGGGGCGCGUACCCGUCUUACGCUGCUGCUGGGUAUGGCGCUGCCGGGUAUGGAUAUGGCUAUGCUGGCUACGGUGGCGGUGCUCCUUACGGGGCCACUCCUGGAGCAGCGGCAUAUGGAGCGGGAACGGGCUACGCUGCAGGAUCUGGAGCAGGCUCUUACGGCCCUGGGAGGAACGCUGGCUGGGCCGCGGCUCCGAGCUAUGGAGGAAACUCUCCUGGCUAUGGUGGCAACGGCGGUAACAUGAGCGGCUACGGUGCUACGAGCUGGGGGAAUGCUGGAGGGGCACAGGGCUCGACAGGGAGUGGGAGCUACGGUGGCUAUGGGUAUGGAGGUGGCGAAGGUGGCUAUCCUCCGGGCGGUGCCGCUGCUGGAAGCUACGGUGGCCCUCCCAGUGCCGCCGGGAGCUACGGCGGUGGCGGACGAAGUAGCGGUGGUGGUGGUGGCUACAACAAUGCCGGCGGUGGUGGUGGAUACGCUCCGGCCUCUGGGAACGCAGGCGGCUAUGGUGACGGGUAUGGUGGCUACCCGGAGAACACUUGGAGGGCCGAUGCGUAUGGAAACGCUGCUCCCGGUGGGACGCCCGGUGGGGGGUAUGGGAUGGGGGCGGCUUCGUCGUCCCCGGCUCCGGAGGGCGGUGCGAAUGGAUCAUACGGAGGCUAUGGUGCCGCGAGCAGGCAGUCACAACGAGGUGACUUUUUUUACGAGUGAUGUGAUAAGAGUAGGCCUUUUCUCUCCCUCUCUCGCGCGCUACUUCCUUUUUUUUUCCUCAGCUGCUAGGAUCUUUGAGAGGCGAGAGUUUGUGGACUGAUGGAAACGUUUUGUUGUUGCAGGAGUCACUGCUCAAUGAGAGGGAGAGGUUGUGGUGUUUUUUUGCUCUCGUUUCGUUUCUGUGAGUUCUCGUACCAUGGUGGUGAGUGUUUUUUCUACGUAGGCCUAGAGCUAGAGGAGAUAGACACAGAGGAAGUGUAUGUGUCGAGAGCUUGGUGUGCUUUAGAACGCUUUAGCUUGUAGAGAAGGUAGUGUCAAAAGUGAAGAGGCUCGAAGGAAAAUUUUGAUACGCAUUACUGUAACAAGGUUAAGAAA